AUGAUGGCAUUCACGACAACAGCCGUGGCCCAGUCGUUGGUCUCCACGGUCAAUGCGAACAACAACUUGGGCCUUGCGAAUCAGGGAACAUGGACGCAGAAGUCCCCGCAGCAGCAACUCUGCCCAGAAGAAGAAACGCUCUUCAAGACGUUUCGGCAGGAGUUCUUGGCAUCACGGCAGGUGCAGCAAGCCCUUUUGUAUUCAUUUCCAGUGGGGCGCUGUGGCGCAAAGAACCGCACGUCCCACCGAUGCGUGCUGUUGCAGCGUCGGGAAACUCCCCCUCUCGUCGGCUGCAAGGACAGCUUUUUUUACUACAUUAACUUUGAUCAGGUUUACACAGAGGUCGAUAGCCUCUUCAACGAGACGCAUCAGUGGUGGGUAACUGCCACAAGAGGUCUGCGAAGGAACGGCAAGGGUGAGGGUGUUGUUGCUGUGGCCGACCCUGAAGUACUCCUCAUUGUGCUCUCUCCCACACAGACAAUGACGAGGGAAAUAUCAGGGGGCAUGCUGCCUUCUCUUGUGAGGCUUGCGUCUGAUAAUGUGAAUGGAGAGGAGUCCAAGGGCAGUAUUCGCGUCUGUGGGUUUCCUCCCCGCGUCAGAUUUGGUCUGUCACUGCAGCAACUGCAGCAGCUCUCGUUGAGUUGUCCUGGUGAACCAAGGACAACUCAGAGGAGUGAGGGCGAUUGGUUUUUCGUCCCGUCGGAGGAAACCGUUCUCUCGCAGGAUGGGUGCAGUGUAGUCCUCGUUUCUAGCGAUUUCAUUGCGCACUCUUUGUUUUUCCUGGAGUGGUGUGUUCCAGAGGACUUUCCUUGGUCACCGCGGCGGCCAAAAUUGGUGGGAUGGGGCUGUGACGUGCUAGGGAAACUGCUGCGGGGUAUUAGCGAGCACCUUGCUGCUGAUGUUGUGGGAGCUGCAGAUGAAGACAAUAACGACAGCGUAGGUGUGACAAGGCGACGCCGAUCCGAGCACACUGAUGCCUUUGUGGACAUCGUUCCCGCCGCUGGCACUCUCGAGGCCAUGGGAUCUGUCGAGGCUCUCGAUUCUACGAGGCGGGACGACGACAUUCAUUUCGUGAAAACGGUCUGCGCGGCGGCCUCCACACCGCGUCGCGAGCUCGCUGUCAAGGCGUUGCUAGCCCAUCUUGACAUGAUCGGUGAGGCUCACAUGAGUCUCGAAUUAUGCCAAUGGGAUGGAGCCGCUGCAGGUGCGGCCGAGAGAGUAGCUCAUCCACCACUCGCUGUGGAGCUAGUGGGACGAGCUGCGCAGCGUUUAAAGGAAUUGGUGGACCAGCAGCGGAACCAGAUUAGCUCCUCUUCCUCAGGCAGCUAUCAUAAUGUGCCCACUCACGUGGGUAAUGAAGGCGGCACAAAAGGGGGCCCGACACCACUGUUCGUGGAGGUGCUCCAACGACGAUUCGCCGUCGGUGGUCUACGGAGAUUGAGCCGCUUCUACCUAGCGAAAGACGGGGAAAAACUUCUGGACGCACCGUCUAUAGGUGAUUUGGGUGCUCAGGGGCUGCAAGACGAUGCAGCUGAGCUCGCAGAUGUGGCUGAAGUGGCAUUUGAACUCAAUGAAUCUGCAAGAUUCGAAGGUGGUGUGGGCACGAGUAGCCGCAGUCCUGCAGGUAGGCUCCCACGCGGUCCGCUGCGAAGCAUUCUGGAGGCCUCAUUUACCUCGUAUGUCUCGUCAACUGCUGACGUCCACAAAAGGAAUAAAGGCGAUGGGGUCACUGCGUGCAGGGAUGGCCCAGAGGAAUUUCUGGCCGAAGGCAACGGCGGCAAGCAUUCCGGUAUUGAGGCGAUUCCGCCGGUGAUUGUUGGCAGUGCCUUCCUUCAAUGCAUGGAACGCCUCAAUGGGGACGCGCGUGACAGGAGCAAGCAUCCCAGAUAUAUUCUGGAGGAAAUGAUGGAAGGAUUCUGGAGUGCCCUUGCAGAAGGGCUCGCGACUGAUAAAGGAGGAGGUGGUGGUGUUACAGUUGGCAACGGCGGAAGCAGUAGCGGCGAUGGUGGCGGUGCGUCUCCUGUUAACGCUAACACUCCUCAUGGAAGAGAUUUGAUGCGACUGCGUCUGAAACGCACAGCCGGCUGCGGGGGAGACACGGCGGCAGAGGUGAGCAGAGGGGAACUGUGGCUUAGGCACGUUGCCUUUCUCUUUACUCACGCUUCGGUUUCGGGGGCUGCGCUGAGUCCUCUGUCUCUGCCUCUGCCGGUGCAAAAGACAUCACGGACGAUUGAAGAAGAACGCAAUUUGCGAGUCGUCCGAGGACUUGAAGCGCACCUCUUCUUCUUUGAUGCUGUGCUCUGUGCCGCUGAUAGCGCCGUUUUGACGCGGUGGAUUCAAGCCCGCGAGGCUCUAGAGAAGAAGAACCCCGUGAAGAUGUGA